AUGACUCGACAAUUUACAAAUGCCGUGAAUGUUCAAAAAACGGUCCAUCCUGACUUUGACGUGGAGCAUGUCCUCGCUCUACUGAAUGUCGACGAGAAGAUAGCUCUGAUCUCCGGCAGCGACCCUUGGCACACUGCACCCAUACCUCGCCUUGGUAUCCCUUCGAUUCGUCUAACCGAUGGACCCAAUGGUGUGAGAGGAACCAAGUUUUUCAAUGGUGUUCCUGCGGCCUGCUUUCCAUGUGGAACCGGCAUUGCAGCUACCUGGGACACCGCACUAGUCCAGAAAGGUGGCGAGCUACAAGGCCAAGAGGCUAUUGCCAAAGGAGCAUCGGUUAUAUUGGGACCGACAACCAAUAUGCAGCGAUCUCCACUGGGCGGCAGAGGUUUCGAGUCUUUCAGUGAGGAUCCAGUUUUGGCUGGAAACAUGAGUGCUGCGACCAUUGCCGGUAUUCAGUCUACGGGAGUAGCGGCUACCCUCAAGCAUUUUGUUUGCAAUGACCAGGAGCAUGAGCGACAGUCUGUGGAUGCUCAGGUAUCGGAGCAGGCUUUGCGAGAGAUUUAUCUUAUGCCAUUCCAAAUCGCGCAAAGAGACGCAAAGCCGAUGUGUUACAUGACAGCGUACAACAAAAUCAACGGAACACAUGCAAGUGAGAGCAAGGUUCUCAUUAAUGACAUUUUGCGGAAGGAAUGGGGUUUCGACGGAAUGGUGAUGUCUGAUUGGUUUGGAGUUUAUUCCACUGCCGAGUCAAUCCAAGCAGGCCUUGACUUGGAGAUGCCAGGACCAUCAUACAUGCGUGGUACACUAGUGAAGCAAGCUCUGGGAUGUGGUAAACUACUACCCUUUGAGCUUGACCUAUGUGUGAGAGAAGUGUUGAAGCUUGUGAAGAAAGUGAUCCCUCUUGGCAUUCCAGAAAAUGCGGAAGAAUUGACUGCGGAUACCCCCGAGACAUCAUCGUUGCUUCGCUCUCUGGCCUCGUCAAGUCUGGUGUUGCUCAAGAAUGAACACGAUAUUCUGCCAUUCAAGAAGAACAAGACAACCGCUGUUAUCGGUCCAAACGCCGAUUUUGCGGCAUAUUGCGGCGGUGGCUCCGCAUCACUCAAGCCAUAUUAUGCGACCACUCCUCUCGAUGGACUGAGAGCACAAGUCCCAGAUAUUCAAUAUGCACUGGGGGCCCCGGGUUGGAAGAAAAUGCCUCUUCUAUCUCGGUUGACCAAAGCAAGCAACGGUCUAGAAGGAUUUGACAUGAAAGUCUAUCUCGAACCAGCGUCAAACAAGGAUCGUGAAAUGGUCGACUUGCUAUAUGUCGACACAGCAGACAUUUUCCUCGCAGAUUACUCGCACCCAAAAAUCGAGAGCAAUCUGUUCUACCUGGAGCUUGAUGGCACACUCACACCAGAAGAGACUUCAGAGUAUGAAUUUAGUCUUUCGGUAUCGGGGACUGGCAAAGUGAUGGUCGAUGGUCAGUGUGUCAUCGACAACGAAACUGUGCAGACCCCCGGAGAUAGCUUCUUUGGCUCCGGAACAAUCGAAGAAAUUGGAACUAUUAAAUUGGAGAAGGGAAAGACGUACAAAAUUCAAAUCACUUUUGGUACACUGCCAACCAGAACUUUCAACGUUGCAGGGGCCACUUCCUUUGGCGCCGGUGGUCUUCGAGCUGGUGGUGUUCCAAAGAUCGAGAUCGAGAGCGAAAUCCAAAAAGCAGUCACAUUGGCCAAGACGGUCGAUCAGGUCAUCCUCUGCGCCGGACUCAAUGGCGAUUGGGAAAGUGAGGGCUAUGAUCGGGCUACCAUGGAUCUACCCCCGGGGACUGACGAGCUCAUUGCUGCGGUGGUAGCGGCAAAUCCCAACACAGCUGUCAUCAUACAGUCGGGGACUCCCGUGACCAUGCCAUGGCUCAAUGAUGUCUCGUCGCUGGUUCACGCCUGGUACGGCGGCAACGAGACUGGCAAUGCCAUCGCAGAUGUUGUCUUUGGUGCGGUAAACCCGAGUGGCAAGCUGCCGCUUAGCUUCCCGCGCCGCAAUGAGGAUAAUCCUGCCUUUUUGAACUUCCGAAGUGAAAGAGGUAGCACCAAAUAUGGCGAAGGUGUCUUUAUUGGCUACCGCUUCUAUGAAAAGUGCAAAAAGGAAGUUGCAUUUCCAUUUGGCCAUGGGCUGAGUUACACCACGUUCAAGCUGAGCUCGAUCUCUCUCCAAAAGACCGAAGAGGAGCUGUUGGUCACUCUCGAUGUUCAGAACACUGGAAAUAUUGAUGGCGCAGAGGUUGUGCAGGUCUAUGUUUCCCAGCAGAGUCCGAGUAUCAAUCGACCACCCAAAGAGCUCAAAGGUUUUGAAAAAGUGUUCCUCCGCGCACAGCAGGCUGAGACAGUAACUAUCAAGAUCCAGACGAAAUAUGCUACCAGUUUCUGGGAUGAGCAUAGAAACGCUUGGAUUCAAGAGAGUGGUCGCUACCUUCUUCAAGUCGGGAGAUCUAGUGCUGAAAUUCCACUAUCAGCUGACUUUGAGGUCGGACAAACUACGUGGUGGAAUGGCCUGUAA